UUCUUCUACGCGCUGGUAGCCCUCACUCUGUUCUCUUCUCUUUUGUAGCUGCCGAGGAAAAUGAUGGCAUCGCGAUCUCGCUUGGAUUCGACCAUCUCCAUAGUUUCGAUGUUCUCCGCGAUGUAGAGCGAAACUUCUACGCGCUGAUAGCCCUCACUCUCUUCCCUUUUGUAGCUUCAGACGUCGAGGAAAACAAUGGCUUCACGAUCUUGGUUGGAUUCGAUCAUCUCUACGAUUGUUUCGGUCCACCCCCACGAGAUUACCGCUCUGAUCCAUUCGUCUUCCUGCUUCUUCUUCCUUCUGAGCGCCUAUUUUGUGAUUCUUCCUCUGCGGGACGAUGGAGCUAUAUCUCUGGGCCUAAACCACCUCCCAGGACUCUUCAUGGGGUCGCUGAUUCUGACUCUCGUUUCCGCUCCAGUCUCAACCCUAAUAUUCUCGCUUCCGCAUAUUUCCAAAGCCCAGGCAUUGGUCUAUAUACACAGAUUUUUCAGUUUAUCUCUUCUUGUAUUCCUUUUCCUGUGGUAUGCAUCUUCUGCUGGACAAACGGUAUCAACAUCCAAGGCAGCCUUGAAAAUCCAAAGGGUAAUACGCUUCAUGAUGGGUGGGGUAAUCAUGGUUGGUUUUAUAUAACUGUCCGAAUUGGAUUAUAUCUUUGGGUUGCCUUGCUCAAUCUUAUUACGAUAUCAUCAACGUGGGCACGGGUGAUUGAUAUCAUGGACAAUGAGUCAGGUUCAAGAUUGUUUGGCUUUGUUGGUGCUGGUGCUACACUGGGACAGUUUUGUGGUUCAUUAUUUGCUGCAAGCAUGGCUUGGCUAGGACCAUUUUUACUCUUAUUUUCUGCUCUUUUGAUGGAGCUCGCUGCACGGUCAUCUAAAGGGAUCAUUCUUGACAGCCAACAUGUUUCAGGAGAAUUAUUAUUUACAAGGGAAGCUAAACAGUUUGAAGCUGAUGAGGAAACAUCUACUCUUAUACAAUCUUCUACCAAAUCACCUACGUUCAUGGCAAAAUUGAAAUUUUUCACCAUGCUAGAAGGGUUAUGGAUGAUAGUAUCAUCAGCUUAUCUUUUAUGCGUGUCUUUAUUUCUGUGCCUGAGUGCAGUUGUUUCCUCUUUCUUCUAUUUUCAGAAAGUAACAAUAAUUUCCAUGACUGUUGCAAGUCCUGUUGCUAGAAGAAGAUUGUUUGCUCUGAUAAACAGCUUCAUUGCUGUUUUUAUAUUUGCCGGACAACUCACUCUAACGGGUCGCAUUCUUACAGCUGCUGGUAUUACGGUGGCUAUUUCUGCAGCACCAGUUGUUGCAAUGGCAAGUAUGAUCGCACUUGCUGUUUGGCCUACAUUUAUUACCGUGGCUGUCUCUGAAACUCUUAGAAAGGUAAAUACAUAUGUUGUUACGAGGCCAGGAAGGGAACUCUUGUUCACUGUUGUUUCACAGGACGAAAAGUACAAAGCUAAGGUCUGUAUAGAUGUUUUUGUUCAAAGACUUGGUGAUGCAACCGCUGCCGUGAUUUAUAAAAUACUCUCUGGCGACCUUAACAAGGGACCAUCUUCAGUUUCUCUUUAUGCUUUACCACUAUGUUUUUUGUGGUUAGCCAUUGCAUAUCAUUUGGGAAAUCGUCAAGCCAACCUUGCUAGAUUGCAAGCUACAUCUGCGCAUUAACUUUGUUGAGAAGCAUCGAAAAGUUGCAGGUGAAUUAUACAGGGGGCAUGGCCUGAAAUUAUACAACUUCAUUUCAUCUUCAGAAUAUUUGUACGGAAUGCUAGCCAUUGUUUUCAUCUUUUAAAGCACCAUCAAUUAAGAAAAGCUCCAUGGAGAUCAUUUAUUGGUUUUAGUUAGGGUGCGAGCAAGUCAAGCUAACUUGUGGGCCUGCUAACUUAUGGGUCUGCUCGAACUCGGCUUGAUAUGUGGCUCGUGAACUAAGCUCGAUGAUCUAACAAGCCAAGCUCAAGCCAACUGCGACUCGACUCGUUCGCUUGUGA